GGGUGUAACAUAAAACCCAUUAUCUGUCAUAUUACUUGUGCCGCGGUCCCUUUCUAUCUCAUACCCCUUACCUCCCUUCCUCACACUUGGUGGUACUUCGGUACUUACGCAAAGUCCUUUCAAUGGCGGGCAUUCUCGAAAGCGUGCCGACCAUCAUAUCAACUGCUGUAGCCGCAUACGGAAUCGUCGAGGUCAUUCUUGAACUUGCCGAAGAUGCAAAGAAAAUCGGUGACCAGAUGAGGAUUGAUGCGCUACCUUUUCGAGCAUUUGGGGAUUUGAUCGAAACCGCCCAGUACUCCAUCAAAUUCCGACUCCCCCAGGACGACACAGCAGUCAUCUCAUAUAUGCGUGAUCGACGGGUGUUGGACAACAUGAAACAAGAAGCAUUCGAAUUGAGCAGGGAUAUCGAUGAGCAAAAGGAAAAGAUCAGGAGGUUACAAUCCAACUUUGGCGACCAUGCGAACUAUGCUCUUCGCUUCUAUGCCGCCCACAGAUGGAAGAAUAUCAGGAAGCCGAAGCUCGAGCUUCUCCAACCGAGAAUGGCACAGCUGAAGUCGACAUUACAGCUGAUUAUCGCGGUUAUCCAACUCGAAGUGCUCUCUCGAAACGGAAGUGCCACCCGCGGCGAAUCCAGGCUCAAUGAGAUCGAGGAACUGAGGGACGUUAUCGGGAAACACAUCGAAGCUAUCGGACAAAUCAAACAAAACUUUUCCAUACAGCCAGGUAUGACGGGAGAUGGUGAUUCUGCCACAGGCAUAUGCUUCCUCGCCUACACCAUGGCCAGGACAGGCCGGGUUCCUCGUCCGGACCAGUCUGCUCCUGCUCGGUUUGACUUCACGCAGUUGACGACAAGCCCAAUUAUGGUUAUCGACCCCCGUCAUUGGGCGCCUCCACCAGACAGCUUGCCAGCAAAUGCUCCCAUUUGCCCCCAUUGCUAUCGCGACACGCGCGCGACGAAUGGACACCCGCCAGACAGACCUAUUUGGAACAGCGACGGAUCGAUCCCCAAUAUCGCGAAUCAUCGCUCCAGACAUAGAGAAAGGCCCUUGCCUCCAUUACCACCACAAGAGUCUCUCGAGUCUCUGGAGCGGCAAGAGCCAUCAGCUUCACGCCCCCAGUACCGCGCGCCAAGCCCGCCCCCAAACCCUCAUAUCCCUCCACUGUUCCAUCCAAAUCCGCCGCUGGUUGAAAUUCGAGAACAACCUUCGGGAUCGGAACUCCAGGAUCUUCCCGCCAAUGAUGAUUCGACCACAGAACCAGGACCUGAGAACCAGUAUCUUAGCGAACCACUGUACAGGCUAAGUUCACGAUCACCUCGACCACGGCAACCCACCACCGUUGAACAAGUCCUUGUGUGGCAUAACAACGGCUCCUGGGUACCGCAGCUCGUGAGGUUCGACCCGAAUCUCGACAUCCGCAAUAGACACGGUGCGAAUGGCGCCGAAAUCCCGUACGGCGGUCUCAUCUCCGAGGACUACGUGGAUAGCUUGUCACUGACAGAAAGUGUCGAGUGGUAUCGCCGUGAGUUCGGGUUUCCCUACGACGACGAGCACCACACGGUGAGAGGCAUCGGCACGAUCGAUAUCGAGUGGAAAAAACAGCCAGGUCUGGAUGAUUGGGAUGAGUUGGUCGUGGAGAGACCAAGGGUGAAGUGUAUUGUUUGUCGGGAGAUGCCUUGUGAAGAGGAAUUGGUUUUGAAGCUGCACGAUUAGAAUGCCUCCUUCAAAGGCCUGAAGUGGGGGUCAAGAUGAAGAAGAGAGGUGAGAAAAGCAAAAAAAACGGCGAUGGUAGCGGAAGAUGAGGUUGUCUUCGUGCUGAAGUUCAGGAAGACAUUCGCGAAUAGUAAUCUUUCCUUUGUGUUUGGAAGCUAAAACUGGGGUUGGCAUUAAUCGGCUGGAAUUGCAUGGAUGGUGAAUAGGAUGUCGUUUAGACGAAC